AAUGAUUCCUUUCGAACGAGAAAAAGGUCUCAUGGUACAGUUUCCCUCUCCCUCGAUCAGCCCUGCCCAAUCCCAUUGGGUGUAGUGGCACCGAAAAUUCGAUUGAUCCCCCUGCAAUCUACUGCAUAUAAAUACUGGGCCGAGUUUCGAAUUUUGUCAGAAGUCAGCAACUUGUUCACUCAAAAAGCAAAAUGGCAUUUCAGUUUGUAGUACUCGCAGCCUGUUUGGCAUUAGCCAGUGCUGGUGGUCCAGCGGCGUACAAUAUCGCAUCGUCUUCUGGCGACCUCAGCAGCAUCGGUUUCAGCCAGGAGUCCACGCAGAAGGGCUACGGCGGUCAGAACGUGAUCUCCUCCUACAGCAAGUCCGACGAUUCUGCACACUCGUUCGUCCGCGUGAGCAGCCAGAGCAUCAGCAACGACGGCUACUUGAACUACGCUCCUAUCGUGAAAGCUGGCUACGCAGCUCAGACUUACCUCGCCCCGACUGCGACACCUCUCAUCGCAAAGAGCUACGCCGCUCCGUACAGCUAUGGCUCACCCUUGUUGGCCAAAUCCUAUGCUCUCCCUUAUAACGCACCUCUGUUAGCCAAGAGCUACGCCGCACCAGCUCCCCUGAUCGCCAAGGCUGCCAUCGCCGCACCAGCUCCCCUGAUCGCCAAGGCUGCCAUCGCCGCACCAGCUCAACUCUACGCCAAAACCUACUCAGCUCCUCUUUUGCAAUCCGCACCAGCUGCUUCCUUCUUACACGCUGCACCGGCUGCUUCUCUCUUGACCAAGAGUUACGAAUACGCUGCCCAUUCUCCGGUCUACGCCAAGAGUGCCCUGCUCGCCCCGUCUGCGUACACCGCCUCCAUCGCCCCGGCUGCAUACACCGCCUCCAUCGCUCCGGCUGCAUACACCGCCUCCAUCGCCCCAGCUGCGUAUACUACCUCUAUCGCCCAGGCUCCACUUUUGACCAAGACAUACGCUGCUGCUCCCUCGGCUGCACUGUACUCCAAGGCUUACAGCUACGAAGCGGCCGCACCUGUUGUCCACACCGUCUUCAACGGUCUUGGCACCAGCUACGCUUGGUAAAUUCACGACUGCGCGUCUUAACCCUUUGAUUUCUUGUGCCAGGUGUUAAAUCUUGACUUCUCUGAAUUCUUCGAGUCUGAACAAGAUUUCAGUCUUCUGCGAGAUUUUGGAGAGUUGAAGAUUAUAAAGAACGUGCACCUUGUUACUUCGAUUAAGUUCGUCCACGUUAAAAUCUUGAAUGAACUUUAUUGAAGUAUUUAUUGAUGGUCGGAAUGAUCCAUCGUAGACUUAAGGGACAAUAAGACGAUCUUACUCGAUAUUUGUAGAUAAAUGUUUGAAUAAUUUCAUAAAAUCAGAGCAAUAAAAUUGGAUGCCAGAUGUACGAUCUGUACGAGUGUAGAAGUACACAAUAAAUGUGGCGUACAAUUAAGUAUAGGUGAUAUUAAUUGUAUUUAUACCAUUUAUUAUUCCACCAUCCAUCUUUCCUGCUCUAUAGUUAACAAAACAUUUUCUCGGCAUGAAACAAUUUAUUGUUUGUAAUAUUAAAUGAUAAAUAAAUUAAAAUGUUUACGAGGUAAAUAUACAUUUUUAAAUUAAAUGAUUGCCCUAUUACUUCGCUCUACCUAAUUGCACCUCGAAAAAAGCGGUAAACAAUGUAUCGGCUAGCUGUUAUGGAGAGAGUUUAUUUGCAAAAGAUAAUGAAUAAAUGAGGUUUCGAUUUGUUUUUCAUUAUUUCGUUUUAAAUUAGCACAUUCACCAUUUCCAUAAUAAUUGAUGCGAGGAAAAUCGUAUAUUAUUAAACACACGGGACAUUGCAUUCAUUAAUGAAAUCAAAUCACAAAUGCCAAUAAAAUUGCUCUAUAUUAUUCAUCGCAUAUGAAACAUAUUUAAAAGUUCUCGAGUAUCCGAUCUUUUUAAUGGCUAUUGUGAAAUCGUAUUCCAAUAGGAAAUGAUAACAAAAGACCGUGGAACAACAAUGAAAAACGUGCUCGAACUUUAUUGCGCUUUAUAAAAGAACUUUCGAUCGUGUACUAAUUGUAAGGCACUGUUAUUUUGAGGUCAGCAGCGUACAAUGAAUGAUGAUCGAUGAUCGACAUCGGAAUCGUAAUCUGGGUUCAAGUAAAUGUACGUACAAAUAUCUUUGUUUCUGGAAGAACUUCUGAACCCUUAGGCGUUCGAAAUCAU